UUAUUAUAAACAAUAAAAUUUAAUUAUGACUUGAUUGUACUAUAAACUGGAAUGGAACGAUGAAAGGAAGACACUUGUUUGGCAUUGACUGUACGACGCAUGGAUAAUCUGAUUCUUGAUAAGUAUGUUUAGUUACGUCACCAGGUAUGGGAGCAUGCUGUCGUGUAACGUUGUGUGCGUGAUAGAGUCAAGCCACAGAGCACAAAUUUAUGUUGAGCGCAUGCGUAAACGUUGUCGUGGUUUACUUGCGAAUUCUAUUCGGAUCCGCUUUGACAUGGACAAUUGUUUCGCAUACUUCCGAAUAGUUCAAUGUAGAUAAUGUUUGCGGUUUGCGGUUGUCUAGAUCGUUAUUAGCAGUGUGAAAUUAAGGGUGCUUACGUUCGUACAUCUACAGCGUUCAACGUUUCGAUUUCAGCACAAUAAAGGAAUAAAAUGGCUGGGUUUUCAUCGAAAGCUACAUUACGUUCAAAAUGGGGCGAUCUAGUCGAAAAUGGCACUACAAACACUGAAACCACGGCGGAGGUUUCUCAGGGAUUAAAACACGUUGUCGGAUGGCUUAAACAGGCAUCCGUAGAAGUAAGAGAAGCUGGGAAGCGGGCCGUCUCGCAAAUUCAGAAUAAUACGCCUAAUUUGUUACAUCUUCACACAACAACUCUUAUUCGGCAAGCAAACGAUCGGAAUACUGGCAGCAUGACGGGAGCAGUGGAUAAAUUAACUCUCAUUCAUUAUAACGAUGUGUAUAAUAUCGAUGCCAACAGCAAAUCCGAACCAAUUGGUGGAGCUGCACGUUUUUGCACGGCGGUUAGAUCCUUUAGUCACUUAAAUCCUCUUGUCUUGUUUAGUGGUGAUGCAUUUUCACCUAGCAUGCUAAGUACUUUUACAAAGGGCGAACAGAUGAUUCCUGUAUUGAAUACUGUUGGAACUCAUUGUGCGGUGUUUGGAAACCAUGACUUUGAUCAUGGCUUGGAUAUUUUAAACGAAUGGGUUGAAAAGACAAAUUUUCCAUGGUUGAUGUCCAAUGUAGUUGAUAAUGAAACCGGACGGCCGUUAGGUGGUGGUAAAAUUACACACAUUAUGCAUCACAAUGAGGUGAAAGUAGGACUGAUUGGUUUAGUGGAAAAGGAAUGGCUUGAUACGCUUCCUACGAUUGAUCCAAAUGAAGUAACUUAUAUUGAUUUUAUUAAGGCUGGAAAUCAACUAGCAGAUGAACUGCACAAUCAGGGUUGCGAUAUUAUUAUAGCUUUAACGCAUAUGCGUACACCUAAUGACAUCGAGUUGGCCAAACAUAGUGGACGUAUAGAUCUUAUCUUAGGUGGACAUGAUCAUGUAUAUGAAAUAUUAAAUAUUGACGAUACUCAUGUAAUAAAAUCUGGUACAGAUUUUAGGCAAUUUUCAAAAAUCGGUAUAAGCUUAAAUCGCAAUCAGAAUGGCAAAAUUAACAUCAAUGUGGAGAAAGUAGAUGUGAACUCCACAAAAUAUUCGGAAGAUUCCGAGCUGAAAAAUGAACUAAAAAAAUAUUCGGAAACUAUUGAAUCCAAAAUGGAUGAAGUGCUUGGAACGUUUGCUGUGGAAUUGGAUGGAAGGUUUUCUGCUAUUCGUACAUCUGAGACCAAUCUUGGAAAUUGGAUUUGUGAUGUGGCUCUGGCAGCCACCGGAGCUGACUGUGUUAUCAUCAAUUCUGGUACGUUCCGUUCCGACCAAAUUCAUCCGGCUGGACCGUUUACUAUGCGUGAUUUGAUCAACAUCAUACCGAUGCAAGACCCAUUGAUUGUGCUGGAAGUUACGGGAAAAAUUUUACAUCAAGCGCUUGAAAAUUCGGUGUCAACGUAUCCUAAAUUGGAAGGAAGAUUUCCUCAGAUAGCCGGAAUGUCAUUCGUCUUUGAUCCUACAAAAAAGCCUGGCGAACGAGUAGAACCGAAAUUAAUUCGACUUGGCGACGAAUGGUUAAAUCUAGAACAAAUAUAUACGCUAUGUGUUAAAAGCUACAUAUACGGAGGAUGUGAUGGGUACAACAUGUUCAAAGAAUGCCGCGUGCUCAUGGAUGACGAUGCUGCACCAGAACUUGGGUUAGCCAUUCAGAAUCAUUUCAAAGCCAUCGAUGUACGUUUGGGAAAAACUCAUCACACUAAACAUCGCCAGUCCCUUGUAACUCUGUCACGACGUCACAGCAUGGUACAAAUGCUUGAAAAUCUAGAGUUGGAUGGCCCCACUCCAAUCAGACGGAAAUCGUCAGUAACAUUGCCGAAAAUGGAACAUAUUUGUAACAAUCGAGGAAAGCUUUUACGUCGCGCUUCGUUGGAUGAUUUGGAACAAAACAGCUGCCAACUUGCACCAACAAUUCAACACAGAAUUAUUAUGAUCCAAAAUCAAGAACACAUUCAAGAGAUGAUUUUAAGGCGGGAAACAAUUGAAAAUAAUUCUGUGAUUAAAGAAACAGACGAACUUACUCCAUAAGUUAUUAUAUUGUUUAAAUCGUUGUACAUCUGUUGCGCAAUUGUUAAAGUAUGAUGAAUAUAAAUCAAAAAGAUGUGGUUAUUAUGCAAUCUGUAUUGGUGAAGCCCUGUAAAUAUAUUUUAAUAUUCAUUUUCAAAAUGAAUUAUCCUUAA